UCGCGAUAGUUGCAGCUCUCGCUCGCACUUCCCGUUGGCCUUGCGGCAUUGUAAACAAACGUGAUCGUAGUUCCACCAAGAGCCGAAUCGGCCAAGCUCCUCGAGAAACCGACACGGAUCAAUGAGCUGAAAGCAUUUUCGGGAGGAAUAGCGCCGUGUUGCACCGUUUUCAGCGGAAUCAGACGCGCGUGGGAGACAUCAGCUGGAUACGAGUGAUUAGCAGCUAGCGCUAGCAGACAGCCGCUUGUGCAGUCUUUGUCGGCCCUCGUCAGGGCCCGGUCUAAUUCAGGAUGGCGUAUGUUGGGACGCAGCUGGGUGUAUCGGUCCUAGUCUUAUUCUGCACUAUGGCGCAGUCUCCUGGUCAGGCAUAUAUAUAUGCUCAUUACAGUAACAUGACCUCCAUGCUGUUUGAAGAUCUGCCCGCUCUCUUCGGCCCUCCUCUGCCAAAAGAUGGACUCAUGGGUGUGCUGGUAGAAGCUCGUCCUCAGAAUGCCUGCAUGCCUAUAGAUCCUCCUCCAGUUUCUCCCACACCCUCCGAUCCCAACAGCACUACAAAAUACAUUGUCCUCAUUCGACGCUAUGACUGUAACUUUGAUAUCAAGGUGCUCCAUGCGCAGCAGGCCGGUUUCAGUGCAGCCAUAGUUCACAACAUGUACUCUAAUUCACUUCUCAGUAUGGGAUACAGCAAUGACACUAUCAUGGAGGAGAUCGAGAUUCCCUCUGUGUUCACAAGCUACUAUGCCUCUCAGAUACUGCGCAGCUUUAUCAUACCAGAGAAAGGAGCUUACGUGAUUCUGAAGCCUGAGUUCUCCUUCCCUCUGUCCUACUAUCUCAUCCCCUUCACUGGAGUAGUCAGCAUGAUCAUCAUUGUCAUGGUCAUCAUUCUGAUUGUGCGGUGCGUGCAGCACAGGAAGAGACUUCGGAAAAACAGACUCUCCAAAGAACAGCUGAAGAAAAUCCCCACGCACAAGUUUGUUAAAGGUGAUAAUUAUGAUGUCUGUGCGAUCUGCCUCGAUGAGUAUGAAGAGGGAGAUAAGCUGAGAGUGCUGCCGUGUUCACAUGCUUACCACUGCAGGUGUGUGGACCCCUGGCUCACCCAAACUAAAAAAACCUGCCCGGUGUGCAAGCAGCGUGUGACCCGUCCCAACCCAGAAUACUCAGAGUCUUCAGACUCCGAUGGAGAGUCAGGGCCGCACGAGGAAGAGGAAGGAGCGACCAGCGAGGCAGAUUCUGAGCGCACGCCUCUCCUUCGGCCCUCCAACCCUGCCUCCUCCAGCCCGCCUCCCACUUACUCCUCCACCGUAACGUCAGAGGCAGCCGUCGCCACGGUAACGACAUCCGCACUCCACGACGAGUACUACUCGCCCAUAGAGGACUCGGAGGAAGGUACUGAUGAUGAUAGCGAUACCACAGAGCUCAUGGGAUGGGGCGCAGUGCGAGUCUGAGGGCUUGAUUAAAAUCACACCUCAUAUUUACACCCCUUGUUUUGGCGCACUCCAUCCAUCUCGUUCUUAACUAGCUAUAGUGCGACCAACACUACACAGCAUUUGUGCAGCAGUGUCUGACUGUAAUCACACAUUUGUGUGUGUUUCACUAAAGCUUCUUUCCCCUGAAACUUGGUCCGUGUCCAAAAAGGAGUUAACGUUUUGAAGUGAAUGAAACAAAAUUUGACCCCGGAGCACAAAAGCAGUCAUAAGGGUCAAUUUUUUAAAAUUGAGAUGUAUACA